GAACCCGAUUCGACGGCCCACGAAUUCCAACUUCUACCAAUUCGUGAUUUAGGGCGACUACCGACCAGUGUCGUGGUUGGGAAAUCCAUCUUCACACUCGACUGGAUGGACCUCUAGUGCGAAGUUGUGACCCUGCAAACGGUAGGUCCUGGAUUCGAACCCCUUUGGUGGGUGCCUACUGCCAAUUCUUCCCUAUUUAGGUUAUGUUUAGAAAAUCUAGUAAAGUUUAUGCUUUGCCAUUCACCGUAUUUGUAUCAUUCCUGGUAUUUCAAAAACAAACAGACUGAGAGAGCUCAAUUACAAGAGACUGUGAAUCGUCUUGAAGGUGAAUUAGCUGCUCGAUCUGAUGCAUUACGUAGAGCAGCAAUAGAUGCAACGCGUAUACAAAUGGAGCAUGAAUUAGAAUUGAAAAAUAGAACAAAUGAUUUAAAUGAGUCACUGUAUCAUAUGGAAAACAAAUGGAAAGAAGCAUGCAAAACUAUUGAGAGAUUAGAGAAGGAGUACAAAGAUCAAGAAUUCAAACUUACAGAAGUUUCAACAAACGAUACAAAUUGAUUCCACUGCAAAGAAAGUUUCAACUGGGGUUCAAGCUGUUCAGAAAUGCUCAAACGCAAGUACAAAUACAGAGAAAAUGGAAUAUAAAGAAAGAAUACCAUUGCCAAGGCUUCAGCUGACAAGUAGUAGACCGAAAUCUUCAGAACAAGUGAAAACGUCUCAUUUCUCACCUGGGGAUCAGGACGAAGAAAAAUUCACCGACUGUGAUAUUAACAGCCCUGAGAACUCAGCUGAUUCAGUUGAGGCUAGAGU